ACGAGGCAGAAGGAUGAUCGAGCUGCCGAAAUGGAUUUCUCUUUGUCGCCAAUGCAAAAUAAAAGAACUUUCGGCUGGAAGUGGCUGAACAGUUUACACAUUCACCACUUGAAUAAAGGAUCACCUGACUAGUCGCAAACAGGUAUUGUGCAACCAACAACUCUUCUCCAAAUCUUCUCUGGAUAAUUGAGUAAAAUAGAAAUUAUGUGACGUGUUUAAAAAGAAUUGUCAAUAAAAAACAAAACAUGAGUUCCAAUGCGCUUAGUGGUGGUUUAGACAACCCUUGUUUCGUCAUCGACUCGUCCGAACUGUCGAUUCAAUCAUUACAAGAAUUGGAUACGCAACAUAUUCAGAUCGAUUCUGGUGAUGAUGCUCAAGGGGAGAAUUUUGAUUGUGCAUUAUCUUUGUCCAAUGGCAGUGAAAAGUAUUCGUUGGAAAAUGCGCCUCCCGUAUUAACUAGGACAAGUAUCAGUACAAGUACUACAUCUAGUGCUCCGCUGGAACAUUUGGAAAACUUUCUAAGCGAUGCUCGAUCCAGCUUGGACGAUUCUCCAGUUGCUGCCCUAAGGAGACUUAGCGUGGUGAAAUUUGAUCCACCUGAAGAGGGUUACUUAAGGUACAGAUCGCCAAUAAUAUGGAAACUUGAUCGUCUAAUGCAAAGCUUUCCAGUCAACCUUCUGACUACUCUUUGCAUUUUGUCUGAUCUCGGAGUUGUGGUUGCAGACGUCAUUGUGAACAGUCUGGUAUACCAGAUAGAAGUUUCAGGAAGCGCUGACAGCAUCACAAAUGGAUCGAACGUCAUCUAUGUACGAGAUAACUACGUCAUAACGGAUUUCGUUUUAUCUGUUUACUUGCUUAUUGAGCUUCUUCUACGUAUCGUCGCUGUAGGGUAAACUUACGAAUUAUUAUGGAGAGCGUGGAGACAGCCUCUU